UCCAUAUAAAUAGAGCUUUAGAUGAUUAGAUGAUGAGCAUAUAGCGAAUCAACAAUGUAUUCUUUCAAGUAUUGUUUAGCGGCUGCCAUAUUGUUGCUGGUGGGCAAUGUAUGCCAGGCAUUUGUUCCUUGUACGAAUCCUUCCAAACACGUUGGUCAUUACAUUGGUCGUAAUCAGGAAUGUGCUGCAUUAGUACAAACCAACUGUCACCGACAACCAGGUAACAAACAAAUCGGCCUGACUAGUACAUGGCGUCGUGGUGUUCAUGUGAAGGAUAAUUGUUCGAAAAUCCCUGCCUAUACGGCCAUCGCUACAUUCCUUGGUCCAAAUCAUCAUUAUGAUGAACCGCAUCUUCACCAACACACCGCUAUAUUCGUUCGAUGCACUAAUGACGGAAUCGGCGUUUACGAUCAAUGGAAUGGUACACCAAUCAAAUACCGCAUCAUUCCAUGGAAAGGUUCUUCCCAACAAUACAGUGGCAACAACUUUUACACAAUCGCCUAAUCCUAUUAUUUUUUUUGUUGAAUAAAUUAUUUGAAUAAAGUAACUGAAAUUCCUAUUCAAAA